CUUUGUUCUUAGUUCCUCUUCUUCUUUCUUUCUUCCUUCCUUUCUUUCUUUUUCUUUGUUUUCUGUUAAUCUAUCGAACGAAGAAGUUUUAGUAAUGGCAGUGACAGACAUUACUCACCCUCCUAUGGAACAGCUUCAAGACCUUGAGUACUGCAUAGACUCUAACCCUCCUUGGGCUGAAACCAUCAUAUUAGCGUUUCAAAACUACAUUCUGAUGUUGGGUACAAGUGUAAUGAUCCCUUCAUUGCUCGUUCCAGCGAUGGGUGGCAGUGACGGGGACAAAGCACGGGUGAUACAAACUCUGCUUUUUGUAGCUGGCAUUAACACACUUCUACAAGCACUUUUUGGAACCAGGUUGCCAGCGGUGGUUGGAGGGUCCUUUGCUUAUGUUAUUCCUGUAGCCUAUAUUAUAAAUGACUCCUCAUUGCAACAGAUUACUGAUCAUCAUGAAAGAUUUAUACAAACAAUGCGGGCUAUCCAAGGAGCUUUGAUUGUGGCCUCAAGCAUACAAAUCAUAUUGGGUUACAGCCAAGUUUGGGGUCUCUUUUCAAGGUUUUUCAGUCCUCUCGGUAUGGCACCUGUGGUUGGAUUGGUUGGUUUGGGCUUGUUUCAACAAGGAUUUCCUACAUUGGGCAAUUGCGUGGAAAUUGGAUUGCCAAUGCUUUUGUUGGUUAUUGGAUUUUCACAAUAUCUGAAGCAUGUGAGACUAUUAAGAGAACUCCCAAUAUUUGAACGAUUUCCGGUGUUGAUAUGUACCACAAUCAUCUGGAUCUAUUCCGUUAUUUUAACUGCCAGUGGGGCAUACAGGGACAAGCCAAUUAGAACUCAAAUUAGUUGUCGUACAGACAGAGCAAAUCUUAUAUCUACUGCUCCAUGGUUCAAGUUUCCAUACCCUCUGCAGUGGGGCCCACCAACUUUUUCAGCUGGUCACUCAUUUGCUAUGAUGUCUGCAGUUCUUGUGUCUAUGGUUGAGUCAACUGGUGCAUACAAGGCAGCAUCUCGGUUGGCUAUUGCCACACCACCUCCUGCUUAUGUAUUAAGCAGAGGCAUUGGCUGGCAGGGCAUUGGUGUAUUGCUUGAUGGUCUUUUCGGAACAGGAACUGGUUCCACUGUUUCUGUGGAAAACGUAGGACUCCUUGGACUAACUCGGGUCGGAAGUCGCAGAGUUGUUCAGAUUUCGGCUGGCUUCAUGAUAUUUUUUUCUACCUUAGGGAAAUUUGGGGCUGUGUUUGCAUCCAUACCAUUCCCAAUAUUUGGUGCACUAUACUGCAUUCUCUUUGGCCUUGUUGCUGCUGUUGGACUAUCAUUUCUUCAAUUCACAAACAUGAAUUCAAUGAGGAACCUCAUUAUUACUGGGCUUUCUCUUUUCCUUGGCAUUUCUGUUCCCCAGUUUUUUAAUGAAUAUUGGAAUCCCUCGCGGCAUGGCCUCGUACACACCAACGCCGGAUGGUUUAAUGCAUUUUUGAAUACGAUAUUCUCUUCUCCGGCAACAGUGGGUUUGAUCGUAGCAGUCUUUCUUGACAACACAUUAGAGGUGGAGAAGUCGAAGAAAGACAGAGGAAUGCCAUGGUGGGUAAAGUUCAGAACAUUUAGAGGAGAUAAUAGAAAUGAAGAGUUCUACACUUUGCCAUUCAAUCUCAACAGAUUCUUUCCACCCACUUAGAGAUCAGGAGCAACCUCAACUCAAGCUUAACCUAAUUAUCUGCAUCUCUUGAAUUUAAUAGGUGUAAAUUCAUCAUCAUUUGACAAAUGCUGAUCUAUUUUCAUUUAUUGUCAAUCCCAUUUUUUGUGGACAACCAUGUCCAAGACAUUGUUAUUAUUAUUGUAGAGCGUUAAGUGCAUGCUUCGACUAGCAAUAAGAAUAGAAAUCAGCUCACCCGUUGCAAAA